AUGACCGCGCGCGCGGCGCAGGCGGGGAUCGCCCGGGGAAGCACGGACUACCUCGUGGUGUUCGUGACGUACCUCGCCGCGGCGUCGUUACGAGCCGCGCGCCAGGGCGUCGCCGCGGUCAAGCCGGAGCUGCAAUCGGACGCCAACUUCACCGCGACCGCGCUCGACGCGAUGGACACCGUCUACCUGCUGUCCCUCGGCUCCGUCCUCAUCGUCAGCGGCGCGAUAGGGAAGAUGAAAGGCAACCUGUCGUGCGCGAUCGUCGGCCUGAGCCUCUCCGCGGCGUCGAUGGCGAUCACCGGGAUCCUUCUCCGCGCGAUGACGCCCGCGUCCGUCGCGGCGGCGACGACGCAGGUCGCGUUCGCGCACGGCCCGCUGCGCGCGAUCGACGGCUUCGCGCAGGCGCUCGCGAUCCCGAACGUCGUCGCCGUCGCGAGCGCGUUCGUCCACCCCGCGAAGAUGGGCGUCGUCCUGGGCGCGUGGAUGACGAGCGGCCCGGUCGGGGACGUCCUCGCCAUGCAGCUCGCGUCGUCGUUCGCCGAGGACGCGUCGGGGGGGCGCUGGACGUCGGUGUACUUCGUCGUCGCCGCCGCGGAGCUGACGGCCGCGCUGUCGCUGUACGCGUGCGUGGACGCGCGCGCGAGCCCGUCCAUCAGAGGCGAGGACGACGCGCUGCUCGGGAGAGGCGGCGGCGGCGGUCGCGGCGGUCGCGGCGGCGGCGGCGACGGCUUCGGCGAGGCGCUGCCGUUGCUCGGCGGCGUCGGCGUCGGCGGCGGCGUCGGCGUCGAGCGCUACGCGUCCAGGGUAAAAUCGGGAUGGACCGGCGCCGUCGCGUCGAUCGCCCGCGAUGUCCGCGAGGCGUGGGAUAUCCCCGGGCUGCGCGACUGGACGCUGUCGUGCGCGUUCGCGCGCACGCUCGUCCUCUCCGUGCUUCUCUGGAUGCCGUAUUACCUCUCGAAAACGUUGGGGUCGCAAGUCGUCGCCGACAACCUCGUGAACGUCUUCGCCGUCGCCAUCGCCGUCGGCAGCGUCCUCGCCGGACAGCUCAUGGACGUUCUCUACGGCAGAUACGCCCCCGCGUUCGCGUGCAUGUUCGUGUUGGGCGCGAGCCCGUUGCUGGCGUUGCCGCGGCUCGAGCACGCGACGACGACGUUCGCGUUGGUCCUGACGUCUCUCGGGCUCUUCGUCGCGGGCCCCGCGAACACGUUCUGGUCCGGCGUGUGCGUCGACCUCGCGGAGAGCGUUAACAAACCACGGCUGGUGAGCACGUGCGUGGGGGUCGUGGGCGGGGUGGGGAUCUUGGGGAGCGCGCUGGGGUGUUGGAUCGUCGGGAGGGUCGGGUCGGGGAGCUCGUCCGUCGCCGCCGCGGAGACGGAGGAGGCGGAGCUCGACGCCGGCGAGGGGUCCGCGUUUCGGGAUCGGUGGGACAACGCGUUUCUGUUGAUGUUCUUCGUGUGCCUGAAAGCGGCGCUGGCGCUGAGCAGGUUGUCGUACUGGCAGCUGAGGGGGGGGAUGGGAAAGCCGGCGGCGACGACGGACUCAAGGCGGUGA